AUGUUCCGGAAUCGACAGAAUCAACGAAGACAACGCGACACCUAUGGUGUGAUGCUCCUCGCCUUUCAGCUGAUGAACUCGGGCCCGAUACCACCAGUGACGCUAGUGACAAUUCUCGCCCAGAUCGCCAUCUACCUCGACUUCAUCCCAUUUCUAGGGCCCGAUCGGACAAUGGAAAUGUGCCUACGACCCGACAUCAUCCUACGGCGUGGCGAAUAUUAUCGGCUGUUGGCGCCGGUCUUUAUGCAUGCUGACGAUAUGCACCUCUACUACAACAUGAUCUCGAUGCUGUGGAAGGGCCGUCGAAUGGAGAAAAUGAUGGGCGGAGCUCGUUUUUUGGCGAUGCUGCUUGUAUUCGUCCUGCUCACGCCGAUCGCCACGGUUGCCGUGUCGGUGGGAAUUGAUCAGCUGUUCAACACCGAAUAUUCGUACCAAUGCGGCGUCGGGUUUAGCGGUGUUCUCUUCGCGCUAAAAGUGGUGCUCAACAACCUACGACCCCAUGAUCACGAAGCGCUGUUCGGCUGGAUACCAAUUCCGACAAGAUAUGCCAGUUGGAUCGAAUUGGUUGUGAUUCAGAUGCUGACGCCAAACGCUUCAUUCGUCGGUCACUUGGGCGGCAUCAUUUGUGGCCUUGCCUAUACAUCCGGUCUGCUUACGGUCCUCGUCGAGCCGUUGUACCAAAUUAUCGAUUCCGGAUUUGGCGGCGUUUUCGAAGAAGCCGAGGAACCGACAAGGGGCCGCGCCCAAGGUAAUGACUGGUCAAGCUGGUUUCGUGGUUUCACGAAUCGAUGGGGCCAGUCGCAAGACCAGGGCAGGACUACCGGAAGGAGACAAGAUUGGAGUCAUUACACCGGCGGCAUGAGCGAAGACGAACAGAUGCGCCGGGCCCAAGAAGAAAGUCUGCGGCAACGAAGGCCGUACGGUUGGAAC